GCAAAAUUACUAACCUACUUGCAAAGUCCAGUGACUGUUCCAACCGAAGAUGUAAAAUGAAAGAACCCAGCUAUCGAAUCAAACCCACGUUUUGUUUCCGGUCAACAAUAAGAAAAAAGCAGGAAUGCAUCUUAGCACUCGGAAUUUUCAGCGCUUUCGGCAGUCACUUGUUUUUGAAACAGUGGAAUCGGCACACGUAAAUUCAAAUUAUGCGUGAACCUUUUGUGGCCUACCAACAAAAAAAAGUGCAAAAGUAUUUAAUAUUUAUGAUAUAAUAUUAAAAUGGAAAUUCUAAUUCUAAAUCAAGGAAAAUCAAAUGCUGUCUGCCAACUCGGACCGAAUUCGCAAGCUUAUUAAAUAAAACACAAAUUUUAAUGGUGCUUAAUAAUGUCUCUAUGCUGCAUCGAAACCAUAGCGUGUGUUCUAUGGAGCAUAAAAAUCAACGCUUGGACAAGCUCAUCUUCUCUGUUAUAAUUGUUGCAUCUUUGCAGCCAUAUAAUUGAACACACUUUCAAGAGGCUAUAUUGGAUAUUUGUGGUACUUGUUUCUGGAUGGAGCAUGAUAACAAUAUUCAUUCUUCUGAAGAAUAGAUAUGAAACGGAUUCCACGAGUAUUGGAGUGUCAACUGCUUAUAUUCGUUGGACAAACACUUUUCCAUCGAUUGGAAUAUGUCUUUCAAAAAGUCGGAUAAUUAAAGACUUUACAGCCGCUGUUAAGAAACGUUUUCCUGGAGAAAACCCGAAUUACACAUAUGUAAGAACUCUAUAUGAUUACCUCUUUAUAAACCCAAACAACUUAUACAUAAAGCCGGAUUAUUGCAAGGGAUUAAAUUCCACAUGUGGAGUUGAUAUUUUAGACAUGAGAAGAGAGUUAUUUCCGACGACGUGUAAGGACCUUGUGGACGAAAUUUAUUUUGCUGAAAAAUUGAUACCGGACUGCGAACAAAUAUUCAAGUUCCACGAACUUGAAAUGGGUUAUUGCUUUCUUGCCAACAAUUUAAUGGACUAUGAAAGUAUCGAAAAAAUGCCUUUGUUAUAUUCUUCAUUGGACGAAUACCGGAAUCUCCGAUUGGUUUUAAAAAGUGGCCUUGUAUAUCGCUAUGAUUUAUACGUUAACAGUCCCGAAGAUCUACCCUAUUUUAAUGCUGUAACCUAUGCGAUUACCGACGAUCCCAUGAUACAUAGUUUCAAUGUCGAGGAGAUUCAUAAUCAUGAAAAUGUAAUUUAUGAACCAGUUUCCCAACGCCUGUGUAAAUUUCCAACAGAAAGUUCUAUCAAGGGACUUCCUUAUAGUUUUUCAAUUUGUAUGUCUAUUAUCCGAAGUGAAAUUGAGAUGAAAAUCUGUAACUGCACUUUAUUCAGUCAUAAAGACCCAAGUUCGAAAAACUAUUGUGGAGUCAAGGAAAUAUCCUGCUUAGAAUCAGGCAAACUGGCCGAAAAAGUCAAGGACUAUGUUGGAUCUCAUAUGGCUUGUUUACCAUCCUGCGUGGAACAACAAAUUAGCGCUGUCGGGUCCAGAGAGAAAAGGUAUGGGUCCGAAUCGGACAAAACUGAGGGACAUGUGGUUGAAAUCGAAAUAGCAUCGCCACCGACCGCCAGAUACUACAGAACUGUUACCCAGACCAAACUAGAUUUAAUAGUUGGCAUUGGAAGUGUAAUAGGACUCUUUUUUGGCGCAUCUUUACUCAACCUUUUGGAAAUUAUGUCAUAUUUUUUUAAAAAAUGUAAAACUUUGCUUUUAGGUUAGGAUGUUUAAUGUUAUUCACUUUUCAACUCUGCAGCGGCUGCUACAUGUUAUUUUAAUCCCACAAAUGAAAUAAAUAU